GAGCUUCUGCUCCCAUCUCCGGAAUACCAGAGUAUGGGUAGGGGUGCUACUUGUGCUUAGGUUUGUAAGACAGACCUUAGGUUGGGAUUAGCUGGAAGGAAAUACUUAGGAGGACUUCUCCAAAGACUGCUGGAAUAAAGGAACUUAGAUGUUAUUUUGUUUAGCUACAACCUGUAAAAGCAAUUUCAAUAGGAAAUGGUCAUUUGUGAGUAAGUUGUAGUAAAGAUGAGGACUUUGAUGCUAUCAUCUCCUAGGAAGUAGUGACCCUCUAGAAGCUUUAGUAAAUAAAAUGAAGUUGAAGGGUUGUAUGUAGAAGGGAGUGUCUCAUAGUAAACAUUUCUAAGUCGUUGGGAGUUUGAAUGGCUUCCACUGGGACUAAGGGCUUUCCUUUCAGGUUUAACUGUGAGAGCUCUGCUCAAGAUUUGGAGACAGAACACCUGAGCUUGAAUCCUGACUGCUAAAUAAAUACCCGUACGACCCUGGGCAAGGCACCUUACAUCUCUGGGUCUCAGUUUCCUUAUCUGUAAAAGACGUGUUUGUAUUAAAUGGCCGUCUACCUUUAAAUAGAUGAUCCUGCCUUCUCCAGGGAGAUGUUCUCUUUCUGUAAGCAUGUUAUGUGUUUUUUUUUUUUAAUAUUGAUCAUUGUGGGUAAGUUUGUGUUAGAUGGUCAGGAUGAAUAAGAAUCUUAGGCAUUGGAGUGUAGAAAAUGCCCUGGAAUUAGUUCCCAAGGAUACUGAAUGACUUUUGUGCCAUCUUAUCUAAAAAUAAUUAGCUCCUCAAGAAAAGGGAGAAAUCUGGUUAAUGAAUUCUAUACAAUACACAAAAUUAUAUCUUAAGAAUAUUUUGCUCCUACCUAUAUUUUAAAGCUCAUAUAUCCAUGUGUUGCUUCUAUGAAGCCUUUCCUGAUUUAGCUUGUUGGCUACAAUCUUAUUCUUCAAGAUUUAGAUAGCAUUUUGUCAGAGAGGCAGGCAUUCUGAUAAUAGAAGAACAAACCCUGGACUUGAUGCCAGGAGAGAUGUGAGUUUGAAAUCCACUCCAAUGUUAACAGAUUCUAUGAUUUUUAGACAGGCAGCUUAACAGUUUUUGUUUUCAACUUCCUCAGUUGCCAGGUGAGGAUAAUGAUAUAUCCCCAAUACCUACCUCACAGGGUUGUUGUGAGGAUCAAAUGAGAUAAUAUAUUUGUAAAGUAUGUCACAAAUUUCAUAAAUCUCUCUAUAUGGGUUAUCUUCUGAUGCCAGGUGAAAUCAUAUACUCUCAAUGGUUUAGAAUCUGCAUAAGUGGAAAGUGGUAGCACUAACAUGAAUGAAAUCAUGGAUCUUUUGAACUCUGUGAUUUGUGUUGGCCCCUUACUAGAGUGUAAGCUCCUUAAGGGUAGGGACCCUUUUCUGAAUACCUAAACACUGUACCUACAUUUUAACCCCCAGGACCUAGCACACAGUUCCUUAUAUACAGAGUAGGUGUUUAAUAAAUGUUUGUUGUUAUUUUGAGAUUAAUAGUACCAUGAAUUAUAUUUGAGGUUUUUAAAGAACAUGCCAUUGCAUUUAAUAUUUAAGUUGUCAACUUGGACCAUGUCUAUUUGUUGUUUAAAUUCUUGCAGUUCAUUAUGUGAAAAGUUUGUGUAUUAAAUCGUUGAUCAUUACUAUUUCUGGGAAAUGUGAGAGACCUUGUUCCACUUAGCACAUUUAUCUCUACCUUGUAGUUUAUGCAAGGUUUUUGCAAUAAGCCAGUCCAAUAGUCCAAAGCUAGGUUGAUUUGUUUUUUCUAUUGCUUAAAAAAAUCUCAAGAGAACUAGAACUGAAUUCAUUCUCAUUCCAGAAAUUAUUACAUGGCAUAUUUUAAACCUAGUGAUUAGGAACAGGGUUUGAUACGCAGCAUUUGUAACAUGUUAUUUGCUUGGCCACUGAGUUAGUAGAACUUUGAGAAAGUCACUUAACAUACUAUUUAAUUCUCUGAACCUGGUACCCCACCUUUGUAAAGCUAGUCCUUAGAUGAAAUAUAUUUUAUUCUAAGCUAUUAUUAUAAUAAAAUAGUAUCAGUAAAAAAUUAAUGAGCAUUGGCAAACGAAACAAAACAAUUUCAUUCAUGUUGCUAUGUUUAAAGAACUUUUAAAUAGAAACAAUGCAGCAUAUAUGGAAUUUAUUGUCCCAGGAAAUUGUAGAGUCAAGUGAUAUUGCUGGAUUUUAAAAGUAUGAUGGCUAAUAGUAAUAGGGCUGGUUUGUAUCAAGCUGUAAUCUCCUCUUUGGAGGGGUAGACUUGAUAGUCACAACUGGAAAGAAUUUCACAAAACUUUCAUAUUUCAAAAAAUUGGCUAAUUUUUAGACUUCAAAAAUGUGGGUCUCCAAAUCUUGAGUCCAUCACUUCUCUGUGGAAGUGGAUAGCAUGCUUAAUUACUCUGGAAUUAUGAUUGGUCAAUGCUGUUUUCAGAGUUCUUAAAUCUUAAAGGGUUUUUUUUCUUUCCUUUACAGUGUUGUUAUUGUAUAAAAUUGUUCUGAUUUUUCUCUCUUCACUCUGCAUGAGUAUUAUAUAGGUCUUCCCAGGAUUCCCUAAAUGUGUCUCUUUCAUCAUUUCUUACGUCACAGUAAUAUUAUAUUCGUGUACUAUUAUAAUGUUUUCAGCUAUUCUCUGAUUAAUGAGUACCCCCACCCUUAAUUUCAGUUCUUUACUAGAGCAAAACGUCCUUAUAAAUAUUUUUUGUACAUAAGUUCUUUUUUCUUUGAUCUCUUUAUAAGCCUAAUCACUUCAUCAAGGAGUAUGCACAUUUUAUUGACUCUGAAUAUAGUUCUCAUUUGCUUUUCCAAAUUACUGCUCAAUUUGAGUCUUCAUAGGUUCUCUGUAUUCCAUUCAUCAAAAAAUUAAUUCAGUUGAUAUUUGAAAGUUAUGUCAAAUUUAAGAUCAAGCUUAACUUACAGCUGGAGGGGGUAACUUAGAGGUCAUUUAGGCUAAUCAGCUAAUUUGACAGAUAAGGAAACCGAGGUUCAAAGAGGGAAAUGAAAUUUAAGUUUGGCCUGUCAGUGGCAAAGCUGAAUUCAAAGUUGAGUCUUUGACUCCAAAUUCAACAUUUUUUCCACUAUUUCACACUGGUUCCAUAUGGUUUUGCUCUUUGCAUCUAAUAUAGCAUGUUUUUAUUACUCAAGCAGGGGAAUUUCAAACUAUGAAGUGAUUCUUUACCCACCCAUCUAAUGAGUUUAACAUCCCUUACUAAACAGUUCAGUAAUCAUUUGUUAAAGCACCUAAUAUCUACAAUGCAUUAUACAUAGCUCCCAGCCAAAAUGUUCUUUCCCUCUGUCCUACUCUUCCUACUAUACUGACUGUUUAGCUCCCUAGGGAUGACUCUAUUCUUUUGCUGACUCAGUGAUUGGAGAGUGCCCAUCUGGACUCUCCAUAUUUGUAAUAAUAAUAAUAACAGUAGUAAUGCCUAACAUUUUAUGUAGCACCUAUUACGUGCCAGGCACUGUUUUGAAAACUUAAAAUUUUCUCAUUUGAUCCUCACAACAACUCUGGGAGGUAGGUUCUGUUGUUAUCCCCAUUUUACAUAUGGGGAAACGGAGGCAGUCAGGUUAAGUGACUUGUCCAGGGUCACAUAACUAGUAAGUAUCCAAUGUUGGAUUUAAACUCAGGCCUUCCUCACUAGGCCCAGUGCUAUAUCUGCUUCACUACCUUGCUGCCUCUAUAUCAUGAGAAGGCCCAGCCAUGAUGUUCUCACUCUCCAGUUCAGGUUCGCUCUCUAAUCUGCUUUACCUUCAGACUGGCUGCUUAGCACCCUCCUCCAGCACCCCCUUUCCUGUUUUAUGUUUUUUCUUUCCCUAUUAGAAUGCUAGCUCUUUAAGAGUAGUGGCUGUCUCAUCUUCUUUUCUUUUUUAAUUAUUGUACUUAGCACAGUACUUGAGACAUAAUAGUUAUGGAUUUAAUAAAUACUAUAUCAGAGGAUAUAAAGACAGAAAUGAAAGUGUCUAGCAACAAAUUUAUAUUCUUUUGAGAGGAUGAAAUACUACCAAUACAAAGCAAUUUCUUUUUUCGUUGUCAAUCCUUUCUUUUCUUUUUUUUGUUGAAAAUUUUAUUUAGUCCAUUUAGAACAUUCCUUGGUUACAAAAAUGAUAUUCUUUCCCUCCCUCUCCUCCCCCAACCUCUUCCCAUAGCCGAUGUGCAAUUUCACUGGGUUUUACAUGUGUCUUUGAUCAGAACCUAUUUCCAUUUUGUUGAUGUUUGCACUAGGAUGAUUGCUUAGAGUCUACAUCCCCGAUCAUAUCCCCCUAGACCCAUGUAAUCAAGCAGUUGUUUUUCUUUGGUGUUUCUGCUCCCACAGUUUUUCCUCUGGAUGUUGAUAGUGUUCUUUCUCCUAGGUCUCUCCAAGUUGUUGAGGAUCACUGCAUUGCCACUAAUGGAGAAGUCCAUUACAUUCGAUUGUACCUCAGUGUAUCCGUCUCUGUGUACAAUGUUCUCCUGGUUCUGCUCCUUUCACUCUGCAUCAAUUCCUGGAGAUCGUUCCAGUUCACAUGGAAUUCCUCCAGUUCAUUAUUCCUUUGAGCACAAUAGUAUUCCAUCACCAACAGAUACCACAAUUUGUUCAGCCAUUCCCCAAUUGAAGUGCAUCCCCUCAUUUUCCAAUUUUUUUGCCACAAGAACUGCGUGGCUAUGAAUAUUCUUGUACAAGUCUUUUUCCUUAUUAUCUCUUUGGGGUAUAAACCCAGCAGUGCUAAUGCUGGAUCAAAGGGCAGACAGUCUUUUAUCGCCCUUUGGGCAUAGUUCCAAAUUGUCCUCCAGAAUGAUUGGAUCAAUUCACAACUCCACCAGUAAUGCAUUAAUGUCCCUACUUUGCCACAUCCCCUCCAGCAUUCAUUACUUUCCUUUGCUGUCAUGUUAGCCAAUCUUCUAGUUGUGAGGUGAUACCUCAGGGUUGUUUUGAUUUGCAUUUCUCUGAUUAUAAGAGAUUUAGAACACUUUUUCAUGUGCUUAUUAAUAGUUUUGAUUUCUUUAUCUGAAAAUUGCCUAUUCAUGUCCCUUGCCUAUUUGUCAGUUGGGGAAUGGCUUGAUUUUUUUGUACAAUUGAUCUGUACAAUCUGGGAUCUUUGGGCUUAUCAUAGACAGUCUUGCUGAGGUCACUUACCCCAAGUCUAUUCCACUGAUCCUCCUUUCUCUCUCUUAGCCAGUACCAUAUUGUUUUGAUGACCACUGCUCCAAAGCAAUUUCAAGAGAGAAUGAAUACUGACAACUGGGAGAAUCAGUAAAGGCAUCCUUUAAGAAAUGAAUUCUAGGAAGAGAAGAUGGAUCAACCAAGUGGAAGAAGUUUCAUGCAAGUUUUAUGUGAAAAGUACAGUCCUGAGAAUUUUCCCUAUCGCCGUGGUCCUGGGAUGGGAGUUCAUGUUCCAGCAACACCUCAGGGUUCUCCAAUGAAAGAUCGACUCAACCUCCCAAGCGUAUUGGUGUUGAACAGCUGUGGAAUUACCUGUGCAGGAGACGAAAAUGAAAUCGCUGCCUUCUGUGCCCAUGUGUCUGAAUUAGAUCUUUCUGACAAUAAACUUGAAGACUGGCAUGAGGUCAGUAAAAUUGUGUCAAAUGUUCCCCACUUGGAGUUUCUAAACCUGAGUUCCAACCCUUUGAAUUUGUCAGUUUUAGAGAGAACGUGUGCCGGGUCCUUCUCUGGGGUUAGAAAACUCGUCCUCAACAAUAGUAAAGCUUCUUGGGAAACAGUCCAUAUGCUACUACAGGAGUUACCAGAGUUGGAGGAGCUCUUCCUGUGCCUUAAUGACUAUGAAACAGUGUCUUGUUCUUCUAUUUGCUGUCAAUCUCUUAAGCUACUCCAUAUCACAGAUAAUAACCUUCAGGACUGGACUGAAAUUCGAAAGUUAGGAGUUAUGUUUCCUUCGCUGGAUACCCUUAUCCUGGCUAACAAUCACCUGAAUGCCAUCGAGGAGCCUGAUGAUUCCUUGGCAAGGUUGUUUCCCAAUCUUCGUUCCAUCAGCCUUCACAAGUCAGGUCUGCAUUCCUGGGAAGACAUUGACAAACUAAAUUCGUUCCCCAAACUUGAAGAAGUAAGAUUGCUAGGGAUACCUCUUCUGCAGCCCUACACCACUGAAGAGCGCAGGAAGUUGGUAAUAGCCAGAUUGCCAUCAGUUUCCAAACUUAAUGGCAGUGUUGUUACUGAUGGAGAGCGAGAAGACUCUGAGAGAUUUUUCAUUCGUUAUUAUGUGGAUGUCCCCCAAGAGGAAGUACCAUUCAGGUAUCAUGAACUGAUUACAAAAUAUGGGAAGCUGGAGCCCCUGGCUGACGUGGACCUCAGACCCCAGAGCAGUGCAAGGGUAGAAGUCCAUUUUAAAGAGCAAGUGGAGGAAAUGAGUAUUCGUCUGGACCAAACAGUAGCAGAACUAAAGAAACAAUUAAAAACUCUAGUACAGUUACCAACAAGCAACAUGCGUCUCUACCACUUUGACCAUGAAGCUCCCUUUGGCCCAGAGGAAAUGAAGUACAGCUCCCGGGCACUGCACUCCUUUGGUAUUAGGGAUGGAGACAAAAUUUAUGUGGAGUCCAAAACAAAAUAGCCCCUGCUGCCAUUGUACAGACAGACCCACACACACAAGCGUGCAGGUACACACACAUACACACAUACUUAAGGACUUAUUUUCCUUUGGGGGGGAAAGGCUUGAUUUUUAUUUUGUUUUGAGGGUUAAGUUGUGUGGGUGCACGGGUGUGGAUGUGUGUGUGUGGGUGCCUACACACGUGUGAGUGUAGGUAUGUGUGUGAAUGGGUGUUCCCCAGGAAAGGUAGGGGAACCAUGUGGGGUUUUCUUUUCUACACAGGUAUCUUUGGCUUGGACAAUUGGCCCUGAUCUCCAGUCUAUUCGCCCUCAUGGGAUAAGUAAAGAAGAGAUCACUGGAUUCCUUUUGUGUUCCUUAGAAGCUAUGUGACCACUACGUACCGCCACCGCCAUGCCAGUGUACUUGUGAAAAUAGCACGAAGGGUUCAUUCUUCUCUCCCUUAACUCACCACCCCUAGGUUAAAUUAGGAAACCAGGAGGCAUGGCAGAAAUGGCCAGCAGCUCGGGCUCCUUAUUCCCUACCUCCCUCCCCAUUCCCAAUCCCCUUCAGUUUUCCUUUCGUUUUUAAUUCAAGUCAACUCAUUGACUUUAUUUUACUCUGAUUCUAUUUUGAUUUGCCAUUUUUUUUUUGACAAGAAAUUUUUCUGGUUUUUAAAAUAAAUGAAAGGAUUUUAAUGUGCAUUCUCAUCUGAUUUGGACCUCAGGUAUUCCAUAAUAUUAGAUGAGAGUAUUUAAAACUCUUCUAGCAACACAUGCUACUGCUGCUGCUCCUCCAGGCAUGCAUGCAUGCAGUUUUUGAGGUAAUCCAUUCCCUGGAGCCUCCUCAUAUGUUAAUCUUCCCAUUUUGGCCAUUGAAAGUGCUCAUUCCAGUGCUUUGCAUCGAUGGUGGGAAAAGUGAUCCCAUCCAAUAACUUUACCAUGAGCAAGCCAAAGGGCGGUUCAUUUUAUUUUACAUUUCAGUAAGUUACCCCAGUCAGAGUGGCAGCAAAAGGACAUGUCUGCCUAAUCUGGCUUUCUCUCUUUAGGUAGGAAAACUCUUUAAAAUUGUCAUAACAGAGAUUCUUGUCUGAAUAUUUUUUCUAAGCAUAAAAUGCGCUCUUUUUUAAAAGCACUUUUCCUUCAAAGCUUGGUUCUUAACCUACUUUGAAAUAUUUCUGUUCCCAUCUUUCCCUGUUCCAUCAAAAGUUUUCCCUAUAUAGUUCUCCUUUUUCCUUGUCCAUUCUAUUAACAGGUUGAAGACUUCAGAAAUACUUAACUCUGGGAUUAAAGGUGUUCACAUAAAGUAUUUUUCAAAGAAUGUCAUUGGGUAUCUGGUUGCACCUGAACUUUUAACCUGUGAUAGAUGAUGCCACAUCACCCCACAAAUAACUUUUGUUUCUUUGAAGCUUUUGGAUGAGUCUUAGAAUGUCUCAUUUUGGGUGUUGGGUUUUUUUCUUCAUCUAUAUGUAUUUUUUUUCUAUGCCAUAAAGAUGGGAGUUUCUUCUCUUAAUGCACUUCAGGUUCAGCAUCUGUUAAGCUUUUGACUCAGAUUUCUGAACUUCCAGAUUCCCUGAAACAUUAAAGGUGGAAACCAAAGGGUUCAAAAAAGAUGAAUGGGGCUCAUUCUCCUUCUGCUGUUGCCGCUUGCAGGCUUUACCUUCCCCAAAUCAUAGAGAUGAAAAUAGGUGAUCCAGGCUGUAGAUAGAAUAGAAUAAUUAUUUUACAAUCACCUUUUCCUGACAGUUCUUUGGAAGUGAGGAGGGAAAGCAUGGCAGCUAUGGCAUCAUGAAGAUUAAAACACAUGGUGCUCUGUAUGUGUGUGUGCAUGUGCAUAUGUGUGCAUGUGCAUGGAGGUAAGAGACAACAGAACUGAGAAUGUUGUUUCUGUCAUCCCUGGGAACAAAUAUAUUCUCACCCUUGAGACUAUAUGAAAAUCUCUCAGUAGAAGGCGGAGCAAGCACUUAACACUUUAACCAUAUAUGGAGUGGUCACAUUUAAUUAGAUAUUUUACUGUAAGUCAGAGUUUUCAUGAAGUACAUUUUUAAUAUUAAAUAGCAACCUGUUUCUUUUAUUGUAAAAUGCGCCAUUCAUUGGCUACAGGUUUCUUCAUUUUGUUGUGAAAAUUGUAGGGAAAGGGAAAAUUUCUGAUUUACAGAAGAACAAUCACACUUGAAUGUGGUGCUGGCAUUAUAUCCAGUGGUGUCAACAGUGCUGUGUAAUUUUGACCAUAACAACUUGAAAACAAGUUUUUGGAGUUAUGAAGCAAAAGCAAAUAAAAGCAGGCAUAUGAGGUCUUAAAGGUGGCCAAUAUGAUAUAUUGAUUUGGAAGCAAGAUAGAUUGGUGUGUUGAAAACCUUUAUAUAAAUUUUAUUUUUAUUGCAGCCCCCAACCACAGAACUUUAGAAGACAUAGAUCUUUAAACAUACAAAUUAAGCUUAUUUGAUUUGCUUGCAUCUCUGUUGGAUUACUUAGAAACUUGACUUAUUCCAGGCUUACUGGCAUCACAUCCCACACUUUCCGGCAGUUUGCAAGACAGAGACCUCUCUUAGGGCAGGUUUGCAUACUUCAAGUGCUAUCGAUAGAAUACAAUUUCUUCUAAAAGAAAUUCUUUUAGAUAUUCUAAGAAAUUUAAAAAUAUUUUAAAAGUUAAUUGUUUAAGUUUUUAAAAAAAGAAAGAAGAAAAGCCACACCAAAACCAUGAGAGAAACAUUUAUAAAUGCACAUGCAUGAGACAUAGAGAAAACAGUUUUAAGGGUUUGAAUGUAUUAAGAUUUCCAGUUUACUGAAAGGGUUCAGAGCUGUAUGUUUUGUAAGACUUAUACUGGCUUCCUCACCUUCUGUGUUCUCUUAACCAAGUACUACUUCCAUAAGGAAUUAUUUGCUGUUAUUGCCACUUAAUGCCACCAUCUGCCACCAUCAAGUGCUUAACAUAGCAGUGGAUGUUAUAACCACCUUGUUUCUCAAGAGCUUUUGGUGGAAAUGAAAACCAAAAUGAAACAAACCUGUGUAUAAUGAAGUUGAAUAGUAUGUCAUUAUGCUUUUUAAUUUUAUGUGUGUUUACUUUAAAAAAAUUUUUCUUUUCAAGACUAACCAGAUGUUACAACUGUGUUGCUAAAACAGCAGUGUUAUGAGCAUAGAGCAGUUGUUAGGCAGGAGGAGGAACCAUCACCUUUAGACACACAUUGAUAACUUAUUACAGUAUGUAGGAGUUAAUGUGCUUGCUACAUGGGAAGUGUUAGUACACAAGGUAUCUGAAAUGUGGGUCUUGAGUGCUUGAUUGUGAUGAGCAAAGCCAUUUCUUCUUGUAAAUUAGAUUUCCUCCCCUCCCUCUUUCAUGUUGGAUUGGAAAUGCAAGCAAAUUAGACUCUUUGGAAACAUCCAGAAGCUGUUCUUGUUCUCAGAUUGUGUUGUGAACACUACUGUUUUCCAUGGGUGCUUCAUCAGAAUAUGUCCAUUGUUGUGAUGGAGAGGGACUGGACUCUCUCAGGCUUUUGACUCUGCCAGCUGUCUCCUGCAGUUAAUGGAAAUAUAUAUAUAUAUAUAUAUAUUUUAUUUUAGAAUAUAAUUUAAACAUGAAGGUCUAUUCUUUGCACUUUUUAUUAAUAUAGAGAGAUAAUCUUUAAAAAAAAUUAAAGAUCCAAGUCCAUUUUC